UCCACCUGUCUGUUUUAACACAGCAAGCUGGGUGAGUUGGUGACUGCAUAUAUUCCUAGCGGUGCGAAGUGCAACCCGGAAAAAGGACAAAAGGAAGUGCACGAUACCAGUGAUACUGCGCUCGUACAUGGUAUAUGCAACGUCGCCACUCCCCCGGUUGAGUACCGGGAGAUUCGAAUUACAGAAAAGGUAUUCGGACCCUUAUUUUCUCGUAAACUAAGUCCUUUCUUGGCACGAAACAAGAGUUGCGAGGUUUCUGGAAUGGUAUUUUAACAUUCAACGUCGACUUAGUAUUUGCCUUCCUAGUACCUUUAAGAACUGCCUACUCGCUUGCAGUGCGCCCGCCUGCUGGAAACAGAACAGUAUGACAUGACCUUUUCCUGGCCGAGUUGGUGCUUACUGAAUGACACGAUAUUGUAACGCAAUAAUACUGAACAGGAAAUAUUAGCGUCUGCUAACCUGUCUGCUCUGUAGUUUUGCGCUACAAAAUCGCAUCAUUCAAUAUGACACAAAAUGGCCCUGUAACAAAGCGACGAGCAUAAGUCGACGAAUAUACCACUGCCGGCUUGGGCGUAAGGUUCCAGGUACAGUUAUUAACACUAAAGAAAUCGACAGCACGCAACUUCAUUCAAUUAUAAGUGGUUCUCACCCAUUUUUCAGAGAGAAGAAAUCGCAGAACGAUGCACUCCGGCUCUUCGUCUUCUUCUAGUGAACCGCGCGUGUUUCUUUCUUUGGUUUUUUUUUUAAUGAGGGCGUUUGUGGCACUUAAAAGGGUGCCUCUCGGUAUAGCAGAAAAUAUUUUAAGGAAAUCUGAACAUAGAAAAAAAACCAGAGUGAGCAUGUCUCAUUCUUAAUUGUGCAGGUAUUCAGGAAGACUAAACCACAUGGAAGAUAAUGUUAAUGAACUAAUAUUUAAAGAAAGUAAAAAAACAUAAUAGGAUAUCUAAGCACUCUUUAUGAUUUGUGAAUGCGAAAGCAUUACUGUGAAAUUUAACGGCGCUGAGCGGUUUUUCGUGUUUUGCGCUGCAGGUAAUGUUUUGGAUUUUCGCUGCGGCGUAUGUUACCGAGUUUGCAGUUAUGGUGCGGGUGAGUUUUUUUUAAUAUAUUAUUUUGCAGUCUCUACGGUAGCAUGUUCGCUGUUGAAUGGCAUCAUUUGGACGCUAUUGCCGAGAAAUCAAGUGCAUUUAUGUGUUAUUACGUAUUAUUUGUUACGUACGCGGAUCAAGCGACGAGAGACCUAGGAUGCAGCAGCGGCCAGCAAGGCCUGCAGCUGCGCUCGGGAGCUAAGGCCACUGGAGGUGAGAGAGAGAUGCGAACCGCGCGCAUGGCGCCCUCUCUCCUCACCCAUCCUCCUGCGCGCUAUCGCUACAGCAGGUGUUCCGUUUCGCUCGCUCUGCUCCGUUGAGGCGCGCUCGUGACGUGGCAUCGAAGCCAAUGGCAACCUGGGAGCCCUGUCGCUCCUACAGACACCGCCUUUGUCGCUGAAUGGGCCAUUUGAUACUUUCUCAUAAAUAAUGAAGAACCGCGAACAAACCAUCCAUUUUACACCUCAUAUUUAGAACUAUGUACAAGAAUUACUCCUGCAUACGCUUGAUCUUUCUAGUGCAAACUUACCCCUGCAGCAAUCGAGCUACCACGGCGCCGUGCUCAGAUCCACUUUAUUAUUUAAAUUUAGGUACUGCAGACCAGUAAGUUAACGGGAGGCAAGGACUUCUAUUGAAGUUCCAUUGCCAAACUUGGCCAAUCCAACAUAUUGAGGGUACGAGCCGCAUGCUUGGUAGGAAACAAGAAGAACAGCGCCAGCGCGUUCCGCAUAUUGACCACGCAACGAAGAAGCAGACAAAGCGUGCUCGUUCGUUACGUGCUCGUUCGUUGCGUGCUCGUUCGUUGCGUGCGGCUGUGUCGUCCUCGUCUCUUCGCAAAGACCCAAGCGUCCCCACUCGCCAUGCAGCCGAUCAUUCCUUCGAUUCCUCGCCGGGCACCCGCCAUUCCCCCCGCUAUACCGCAGCUUCCCCCACCACCACAGCGGGAAGACCCGAGGCCCAUGAACGUGGCACCCAACGCACCUGGCCCCGUCUCCGCUGUGGCAACCCCUGCUCGUCCAUCCCCCGUCGUAACCAAACCAAGACUGCCUCAGCCUCCACCGCCACCACCGCCGCCGCCUAUGCCAGCACAGUUCAUGCCAAAUAUGGAAACGACCAAUAUGCAGACGCAAGGAACUAAAGGAUACUUUUCAGGCAUGGACACAAUUUGGGGCAGUCAACCACGCUGAUUUUUCUAAAAUUGGUAAUCGUCAUUCUGUUCCUGCUUCUUCUUCUGGCGAUGUUCUUGGCCUUAGUAGUCUAUUACCGAGAACCUGAAACAAACGAAGAUGUAGAGGAUGAUACGCCAGUUGGCGCUGUAACGGAGCCGACCAUGAGAACAAAGCUGAGACCCCACUACACCACAUCGAAAGACCUGCCGGUGACGCCUCGAACGAUUCCGACCCCCAGCACCACGACAACAAUCAAGCCUAUGAUCUGCACGGUGAGUGACACGCUUAGCAUCGAAGACCCCAUCACUGAGGGCAUCUGCGACUACGCCAUCUUCUCCGAUCUGAUCGUAGUCGAUGGUGACCUGAAACCCGUCCAGGGACGCUACGCAUGGGAGGUAUUCAAGAAGGCGAUCUCUCAUGCUGACAGGACGCUGGGAGGCGUGAGCUUCUCCUCGCAUAAGGCCACCGAACGCGAAGGAACGAUGCGUAAGCUGAGAAGCGUUAUGGACAAGCUUGUUGAGCUGGUCGUAGACUACAAGAUGCUCGCCUUGGGUAUGCUGGGCUUCAGGCACGACUUCUCGCAACGCGAGGACGUGUUCGGAAAGACGUUCGAGUACCUGAAAGCAGCUCUCGAGCUUAGGGAAGGUUCCAUGACCUUUCUCGGCCUGUGGUUCAUCACAGCAAAAAACGCGGAGGCGUUUGCGAAGCUUCCCGGCAACACACAAUCCAUCGACUUUAUCAUCAUACAGACCCACAUAACAAUGACUGCGCAAAACGGGUCUUGCUACGCUUACAUGAUCAGUGAGGGCAAGGAAUUAGGCGAUGUACCAAAUUUCGCGACGGCUGAGGUGGCCUUGAGACGUCUGCGGGAGGUCGGGGUCGACGGCCUUCGAGUGCUUUUCUCGUCGACCAUGGCCGUGAUGGCGUAUGUGAGCGCCAAGGGUUCGCCCAGCGUCGGCCCACGCAGAAGGAAGUGCGAUCGUUCCUUCUUAGCCGAUAUCGACUCUGUUUGCCGUGAGACGCUCGGCAACCUGCAGUCCGAGUACUGGCCUGACGACAUGUCCGAGUCCAUCACCUUCCGAGAGUCGGAGAGCGGCUACAUGUUUGUCUUCGAAAGCAUCAACUCGCUCAAUGGCAAGGCAACUCGCUACGGAAACAUGACAGAUGGCUGGGCGUUUUUCGAAAUCCAGCGCGACGUAUACUGGCCAUGCAGUACUGGUCGCGCGUACGGACGUGUCAAGCACGGCAUCUCCGUCAUGAGGGGCAAGCGGUCAGCAAUAAAAUCGACCGCAUAGUGGCAGUUGUGUUCAUCAACCACAGCCGUUACAUUACAUGCAUAUGCGCAUGUGUGACUAAGCUCAUGUAAAGCAUACAUAUGGUGCCCACAAUUUAGGUACUUCUUAACCCUUAUGUAACAAAGACCCUUCUGAUAUUUCUAACCAGAUUUUGCUCUGGCUGAUUAAACAGAAGGUGGAACUUCGCCAGGAUUAGCUUCGCAAAAUAAAAUAUUCCCUCAAUAACAAUGACAGUGGUACUGUUAGUUUUAGACUCUAUGUUCACUCGGAUCACGAUGACUCGAAAAUCCACUUUUACUAUUU